GGAGAGCUAACGUAGUGGUUGGUGGUGGUGGUCGUGGUGGUGGUCGUGGUGGUGGUGGAAUCUCUGUGUGCUCUUCACACGCGCGCGCACACACAGACACACACAGUGUCUACUGCUUAUAUAAAGGCAAAGAUCUCCUCCCCCGUGUAGCCUACACACACACACAAAGACAUCUUUUAAUCUGAGACUGCCGCUGCAAGAUCAACAGUCAUGUUAAGAUCCGACCGCUACACUUUUGCAGGCUUCCUUAAAGUGUUGCACAUCCGCAAAGGAGAGGGCACCGACACUCCGACACCGGCCGCAGAAGACCCCGCUCACGCCAGACCGCUGGGCCAGGCCACGGAGGGUGCCCCCCGAGGUGCCGGGGACGCGGCGUCGUCUGCGUCGUCUGCGCGCGGCGCCCAACACCUCGAGAUGCACGAGGCGGUGGGCAAGGGGCAGAACGGCGUUCGCUGCGCGAUGCCCGACGACGAAGAAGACGACUUCGGCGGCGACGCUGCCGUCGACGGCUCUAAGGAAGCCGGCGGCGGAGACGAGGACGACGCGAGGAGGGUCGAGGGAGCGGAGGAUGCGAAGAAGGAUGUGAGGGAGGUGGUGGUGCUGGACGAGGCGGCGCUGCGAGCGGACGGAUGCUCGGUGGAGCGAGAGACGUGGGGCAAGAAGAUCGACUUUCUGCUGUCCGUGAUUGGAUUUGCGGUAGACCUGGCCAAUGUCUGGCGAUUCCCUUACCUGUGCUACAAGAACGGCGGAGGAGCGUUCCUCAUCCCCUACGUCCUCUUCCUCGUCAUUGCUGGCAUGCCGCUCUUCUACAUGGAGCUGGCGCUGGGCCAGUUCAACCGGCAGGGAGCGGCCAGCGUCUGGAAGAUUUGCCCCCUCUUCAAAGGCGUGGGCUACACGGUGAUCCUCAUCGCGCUCUACGUCGGCUUCUACUACAACGUGAUCAUCGCGUGGUCGCUGCACUACCUCUUCUCGUCGUUCACUGGCGACCUGCCGUGGACCCACUGCAAUAACUCGUGGAACACGCCCAACUGCACCGAGUACCACUCGCCCAGCUCUCCCCGGCCCCCGCGCAGCCUCCACACAAAGUACGCCAAGUACAAGAGCACGCCGUCAGCCGAGUACUACGAGAGAGGAGUGCUACACCUGCACGACAGCAGCGGCCUCAACAAUCUGGGACUUCCUCGCUGGCAGCUCACCAUCUGCCUCUUCGUGGUGCUGCUCAUCCUCUACUUCAGCCUCUGGAAGGGCAUCCGGACAUCGGGCAAGGUGGUGUGGAUCACGGCCACGAUGCCGUACGUGGUGCUCACCGUCCUGCUGGUACGCGGCGUCACGCUGCCCGGAGCCAUGGACGGGAUCUACGAGUACCUCAACGUGGACUUGCGUCGCCUGCGUCAACUCUCGGUGUGGAUCGACGCCGCCACUCAGAUCUUCUUCUCUCUGGGCGCCGGCUUCGGGGUCCUCAUCGCCUUCUCCAGCUACAACAAGUUCAACAACAACUGCUACAAGGACGCCCUCAUCACGAGCUCCAUCAACUGCGUCACGAGUUUCUUCUCCGGCUUCGUCAUCUUCUCGCUGCUCGGCUACAUGGCCAAGAAGCACGACGUGCCAAUAGACGACGUGGCUACAGACGGAGCUGGCCUCGUGUUCAUCAUCUACCCCGAGGCCAUCGCCACCCUGCCGGGCGCCUCCAUGUGGGCCAUCAUCUUCUUCAUCAUGCUGCUCACGCUGGGCAUCGACAGCGCCAUGGGUGGCAUGGAGGCGGUGAUCACCGGCCUCAUCGACGACUUCCCGAUUCUCAAGCGCCACCGUGAGAAGUUCACCCUCUUGGUGGCUGUAGGAACCUUCCUGGUGGCGCUCGUCUGCGUCACCAAUGGAGGGAUUUACGUCUUCACCAUCCUCGACAACUUUGCUGCCGGCACGUCGAUCCUGUUCGGCGUCCUCAUCGAAGCCAUCGGCGUCGCCUGGUUCUACGGAGUGGACCGGUUCAGUGAGGACAUUGAGCAGAUGAUGGGAUUCAAGCCCGGACUCUACUGGAGGCUUUGCUGGAAGUUCGUCAGCCCCUGCUUUCUGCUGUUCGUGGUGGUGGCGAGCAUCGUGAAUGCAAAGCCGCUCUCCUACGACGAGUACCAGUUCCCCGACUGGGCCAACACGGUCGGCUGGGGCAUCGCCAUCUCCUCCAUGAUGCUCGUGCCGGUCUACGCCAUCUACAAGGUCAUCUCCAUCCCCGGCACCUUCCGCGAGAAAAUUGCUUACGCCAUCACCCCGGAGAAGGAGUACCCGCUGGUUAAACAGGGGCAGAUUCGCCAGUUCAAGAUGCAGCACUGGCUGUCGAUAUAGCGGCCUCGCAUCAGGUAACGGGCGGUGCGAGUUGGUGGGGGUCACGGUGGG